CGGAUGGAGGCACUACUUUCAACGUUUUUGCUACAUUGAAAUGUCGGUUUCUUCGGAUGAGACUGAGGUUGAUGAGUCGUGGAAAGUAAACCUUGAGAUUGCACUCCUAGGUAAUAAUUGUAUUUUUCACUUGCUGCUGAUAUUACUCUGCUAUCCUGUUUAAGUGCACUCUAUGGAACACUUCUAGAUCAACCAUUCUAUGCGAUUCAUAUUGUUAGUUAAGUCGUUGAUAGUGUUUAACUUAAAUCCACUGCUUUUCUUCAGCGCUUUAACACUUGGUUGAUCAGGUUCAAAUAGGAGAGAGGCACAUCACGUUUUAUUAGGAUGCUGACAUUUUUCGAAUUCGUGAAAUUUGUGAAAUGCGACCUGUCCCUGACAACCUGCGUCCUGACGUCUGGCGCAUAUGUCUUAGGCUGGAUACACAGUCGCAAACGAUGGCUGAAUUUAAUGACGUUUUUGAAUUGGAAAAUCAAUCACAGCUUCAUGACGAUUGCGAAUUAGCCUCCGCUGAGUUAUUUCAACGUCUGACUAAAGAGCACAAUCUUCAAGCCAAAAAUCAUUCCAACCUUUCAAUAAAUAGUGAUAAUGAUGACUUGGACGUAGAAGCAUCAUCCUUGAAUUCUUUCCUUCCUCCAGCUGCCAAGAUAUCUAGUGACUUUGAAUCUGUUUUGACACAUUUUGCCGAAACUUAUUCACUCAAAUAUAGUUCUUCGAAUGGUUGGGUGUCAGUAAUUAAAGUAUUAUAUACUGUCCUGAAACCUACCAAUAGAUCAGAACUUUACAUGAGCUUCGUUUCAUUUUAUCAUCGUUUUGUUGCUACAGGCGUUAAUGUUGAUCAGUGCGUAAGCAUGAUUUUCCGUUUAUUGUUACAGUACCAUGAACCUAAGUUGUGCAGUUUUUUGGAUUCAUUAAAAAUCAGUCCUGAAGAUUACUUUAUACCUUGGAUAUCAAGUCUUUUUGCCGAUUAUAUAUCGGAAGAUGUUAUACCGUCAUUAUGGGAUGUAUAUUUUCUGAAGUCAGAUCCGUUGCUUGGUUUUUAUAUUGGUUUGCUUCUCAUUAUAAACGCUAAAGCUUUUCUACUCGAUCAAUGUUUGGACAAAACAAAAGGUGACCAGAAGGAGUCACAGGCAGAGAAUUUAAUGUCUCCAACCAGUAAUCGCGUUUCCAUCGAAAAAGUGAAGCAAAAGUUAAUCGAUCUCCCCAAACCAAUGCGUGUUAGUGAUUUGACAAGUCUUAUAGACCUUACCGAAGUUUUCAUUAAUAAUACACCUGUUUCUUUCCGGUCUCGUUAUCUUCCUGUACUUUUUGGCAACGCUCAGCUUGAAUCGGAACGCAGAGUAUUAUCUGAAUCUCUGUGUAUGUCGAUUACUAUUCAAGAAGUUUUGGACGCUCAGUCAAUGUACUUACAAGAGUAUGGUGUUAGUAAUUCUUCAAUUACACUAGCAGAUGAAACGUCUGACCUACGUUAUCUUCUUGUUGAUUGCCGUCCCGCCGAACAAUAUAAUGCUGGGCACUUACCAACUGCUUUUUUCCUGGAUUCAUCUUUGAUUAUGUCUGAGCCCUUAAAGUUCCAAAAUGCGGUUAAGAUUUUAUUAUCUACUCAAGAACGAUCACUUGCUGCUGGAUCAUAUGCUGUUGGGAAACAUAUCACAUUCCUAAGUAGUGGCAGGGCAGAGGAUGAUCAGUUAGCUAAUAUGGUUGUAGCUGAAUUUCUUCGUCAGAAUACACCGUAUAUCAGCUUGAUUGAAGGUGGAUAUGCUGCCUUGCAUGAAGUGUUAGGUGCUUAUGAAGUAGGAAGAAGUUUAAUUGGUCAUGAGCCUACAAUAUGUUUAGGAUGCAUUGAUAAAAAGAGUUUUAUCUCACCAUCGGUUCCUUCAGAUAGUAAAAUAGAGUCAUCACCCUUAUUACACGAUAAAGCUAAAGCACAGAUGAGUAAUUCUCCAAGUGUUGGUUUGUUCUCUAAAUUUUCAUCUGCUAUUUUAAGCACUGGUCGUAGCUUGGAUCAAGUACCAAAGCUGCUCAAACUUCCAGGUGUGUCUAAUGUAAGUCCUAUGCAAAAGAAAACACUUAACACACAAAUGACUAUUGCGAACCAACCUGUUCGAGAAAAGGACACGAAGAAAUCUGUUGCUUACAGAAAUACAUCGUCUGUAUUCAGUAUUGACGAUGACUUCGAUGAGGAUGAAGUGUGUGAAGACGAGACUGAGAAUACUGGGAAAACACCGACGAGCACUGAGAGUGUGUUAAAAAAUGAUGCAUCCUCUGGACAAUCAACUUGGUUAAAACGUUUUGUUAAGUCAUCUGCUCAGGUUUCACCUGCUAUGGAGGGAGAUUUCCCCUGUCGCAUUGGUGGCAUGGAUAGUUGUGAAGCUGGUGACCUUAUAGAUACUACACAAUGGUCUAGACGACCAGAAGUGAGGGGGGUCUUUAAUACUCAGUUUCUUAAGAACAAUGGUCAACUAGGCGACCAUGGGCUACUUGUUUUAGCAGAACGUCAUCUAGUCUUAUUGCGUCAUUCAACACCUGGGCUUUCAAAUCAACUUAUUAACUCUCUUAGUAGUACUUUACAGUCUGUUUUUAACAAAAAGAACUCUAAAGCUUGUCAAGAUUCGACCGUUCAAAAAUCGAUUACGAACCUUCCUAGGCAUGCAGUUGUUUACCGAUCUAUUCCUUUGUCUCUUAUUGUAAGAAUUACAUCUAAUCGUCGUUUCCCCGAAUGUAUUACAUUCCAUUACUGUCCUCGCGAUGAAAGUGAUAUGUUAAAACUAGAUGACCAAUCAUCUCUCGGUAUGAAAGAUAGACUCUUUAUUAAUGAAGCUGGUGAAGCAGUGAAAAUGGUAAAGACGGCAAUCUUUACAACCGUUGGCCAGUUAGAAAGAUAGUCUGUACACGUUUUCUUUCCUUUUCUUGUAUAAUGUCAUUUUUGGGUCACAUAUCUCUCUCCCAAUUACUUUUGUUUCUGUGUUAUCAUAAAAAGACAGUUACCUUUCAGAAAUUAUCUUGGUGAAACACCUAUUUUUGCAUUCCUUCCCCUCUCUACUUUACAUAAUAUUAUCGUUUAGUCUGCACACAAAGCUGUGAUUUGUGAAUUGUGUAUUCAGAUACAUGGUUUUACUUGGGCAAAUCUCGUUUUUUUAACUUGCGCUUGUCAUAUAAUUUGUUUAAAGGUUUUGAUUUAUCUCAUCUACGUGUAGGUUAUUUAACUCUUCUGCUAUCGAUGACUGUAAAAAAAGAUAAUCGAUGUAUUGAUUUAAAGUCUUGAAUAUAUUUUACCAUUUUGUAAAAUAAUAUCAAAUUUCAUUGUUAGUUCAUUUGAUCUUACUGAUAUUGAAUACAUUUUUGUGCUUUGCGUAAUUAAUAUUCACCUAAAUAACACAAU